AUGAAUGCAAUAGCACGUGGCACCCUGGGUAAGACACAGGGCCAGAGUAGGAAACAUCGUGCAGGCACUGAUCCCGCUUCUUUGGAGAGCAUUGCAGCGCGAUUGGAUGAGGCACUAGCCUUGAUAAAAAAAAUGCAGUCAGACCACAAGAAGGAUAUGAACAAGUUCAAGGCAGAGGUGAAGGAGAUGCGAAAAGCCCUCCUUCACUGUGAAAAUGAUUCAAGCACUGAUGAGAGCGAAGAUGGAGCAGAGAGUGAAGAUGGGACUGGGGGCAAAAAUGAGGCGGAGAGUGAUGAUGGGACCGAGAAGGAAGAAGAUGGAACCGAGGGUGAAUGUGGAGAUGAUAGCGAAGAUACAGAUAACAAUGAAGAUGGAGAUGAAUAA